GAUUUGGAUAAUAAAAUAACUUCGUUUUGUUAAUCUUGAGAAGUUUGUUAAAAUUCUAGAUUCUGCGUUCUUGUUUUGUUAAGCAAUAUUUCGAGUGCCAUCUGUUAGCCUAGUUAUAAACAAUGUUUGUGUGAAUUUAAAUUUAAUUUAGCAUAUCCAAAACCUAUGUUGAAUAUUUAUUUUUCUAUUAACCCGUGCAAAUAUAGUCUGUUUAAACGAUUUUUUUUCUUUGGUCUCUUUACGCCAUCUGUGAGUGAAUCCAUUUGAAAAUAGUUCAGUUAGUAAACAAAAUAAACCAGCAAAUACUUUCAAUGGAAGAUAACAAUGCAGAAGUCAAUGAUUGCAAUGAAGAACAAAUCGCUAGGACGUUUCUCCGCGAACGCUUCUUAAAGCUAGUAACCAAAUUAUCAGGUCAGCAAUGCAAGGUGAAGAUGUAUGAACUCACUGAUGUCGAGUGCAAGAUGAAAGCUUUUGACCCGAAAUUUGAGAAUGUUAUCGUCGAGGAUCUGAAAACGCCCUUACCGCAAAUUAUGCAAAAAUCCAUCCUGCGUACAAAUGAUAUCAUAUCAAUGCAUUUUAGAGUAGAUAAAUCCUUUGAUUUAUAAGGACAUCAUUUUAUCACAAACAUGUUCUUUUUUUCUCAAUAAAACAAUUUUUAAA